AGGGAUAUAAGGCUUCCCAUCAUGAAGCAAGGGAAGCCUUUACAUCAGGCAGCUUAAUAGAGUCAUGCAACUCGAACUAUGGCCAACCAAUGAAUAAAUUUUUUUGCACAACCAGCCAAAAUGUGAAGACUUCCCCAGUGUUGAUGGUGAAUGGUGGACUGGUGCCUCUCACUGUAGCUCAGCCUGGGUCCCACACUGGUGCUCUCACUUCAACUCUUCCAAAGAACAUGCAGGUGAUCAAGGUCAUAACGAGGACUGAAGGAUUAAAUCAACAGGAGUCCUCUACGGUCAUUACAGUGUUACCAGCUGUACAAACACAAACUUUUAGUCAAAGUUCAGUUCCAUCAAAACUUGUCAUGCAUGUUAAUGGAGGAUUCCAGCAAGUGUCUACAGGGACCUAUACUAAUGGUCAGAAAGUGACUGGGUCCAGCAAUCCUUUGGGUGAAGGAGAAACUUUUUCUGAGUCAUUACAAGGCAACCCCAGUCCUUGCACCAUCUUCACAGUGUCUGGUAACCACAGUGGCCAGAGGGCUUUUGCCAGAGUGAGCUCUUCAAAAUCUCCCAUGAACUCCCAGCCAACAAAAUGUUCCGCUACAUCAGUAUCCAGUGGCAAUCUUUCUAAGAUCCAGUUGUCCCAGUCUCAAGGAUUGCAGUCUCAGCUGUCGGCCACAGGGUCAGGUGACCAAGUACCUGUAGGAUUUGUACAUCUCCAGUCGAAUGUCAGUGCUGGAUCAAAACCUUUAGUUGGUUGUCAUCAAAAUAGCAGCAGACAGUGGCAACCAUCUCCUGAAGGUUCCAGCACUGACAGUGAGCUAGAGGAGAUUUUUGGUAAUUCCUUCAAGUUCACACGUCCCAAGAGUCUAGUCACUGGGAUACCUAGUCAGGGUGGAGAUCCAGGCAAUAAGGUGUGAAGAAUCCAACAAGGGCUUCAUCAAGCCAGUUACUGCCUCCUGUGUGCUCCAGUUUGGUAAAACAAAACAGUCACCGGAUACCCAAGCUGACGCCAUCAGGUAGUUGCCCUCCAUGCAUAACAUCACAGUGUAAACAUCGUGACAUUAAAACACUUUCUCAGAUUGGAAAAAAGUCUCAAGUGUUGAGUCACAGGAAUAAAGAAAAAUUUACUGUGACUCCAUAUCAGCAAGACUUAAGAGUUGUGUGAAGUCUUCAUUUUUUUGUGGUAGCAGACACACAUUAGAACAUAACAUAAAGUCGGUGAAAGUAAAAUGUGUAUUAUUUUGAAGUGCCUUAAGUUAAUUUCAUGACAGUUGAUUUUGUAUGAUAGAGAAGAUGUCAUCUAUCCCUUGAUUAUAAUAGGAGUAAAAUAGGUGGAUAAUAUUAUAAUGAUAUUGUGUUGUAAACAUGUGGUAUUUUACAGGUGAUGACAAAUAUUUAGUACAAGUGCCUUACAAAAUCUAUAUCUUAGUCAUUCAUUUUGUAAAGAACACUUUUUAUGGGCAAAGUAAAGGGUAGGGUAAAUGUACAGUACUGUGUAACAUUGUAUCAUGUAAAUUAUUCAAAUUAGCUUGAAGAAAGGGUCAUAAUGAUGGCUCAUUUCUUGGCUUGUAUUGAAUAUAACAAAGUUAAUUACUGUACAAGUGUUUUUAAAC